AUGGCUCAUCCCACCCAAGUCGCAUGUAAGAAUAUCCCCACAGUAGUCAAAGCGAUGAUGUUGGUCACUGACAUGUCAUGGUACAGUCCGCACCUCCAAGCACAUCGGCGUGCUCGACGCGGCGCCGGUCUACGAGCCGCUGCCUGGCUUCAAGCGCGCCGAGGGCAACCUGCGCUGCUGCGUCUACUCGCCCGACGGCCGCUUCUUUGCCUGGGCCUCGCCCGAGAAUGUCACUGUCGUCGAUGCAGCCGUGGGCCAUGUCGUAACCACCCUCCCCGCUGAGAACGUCUACGAGCUCGGCUUCUCCCCAGCCGGCACCUUCAUCAUCACAUGGCAGCGGCCUUCGAAAGACGAAGAGGGGAAUGCGACGAAAAACCUCAAGGUAUGGCGCACCAUCGAUGAUAAUGCAGGCGACAGCGGCGAGCGCGCGGUGGUGGGCAAGUUCGUGCAGAAGAAUCAGACCGGCUGGAAUCUACAGUACACCAGCGACGAGCAAUUCUGCGCUCGCUGCGUCACCAAUGAGGUGCAAUUCUACGAGAGCAAGGACUUGGGCACUGUAUGGAACAAGCUGCGCGUGGAGGGCGUUUCGGACUUUGCGCUCGCGCCGGACAAGACACAUUCGGUUGCUGUCUUCGUUCCCGAACGCAAGGGCCAGCCGGCCGCCGUCAAGGUCUUCAACGUCCCGCAAUUCACUUCGCCGGUGUCGCAGAAGACUUUCUUCAAGGGCGACAAGGUGCAGCUCAAGUGGAACCAGGAAGGUACCAGUCUGAUCGUGCUUGCGCAAACCGACGUCGACAAGAGCAACAAGAGCUACUACGGAGAGACCAACAUGUACAUUCUUAGCGCCAAUGGCGGCUUCGAUUCGAGGAUCCAGCUGGACAAGGAGGGACCUAUCCAUGACGUGACGUGGUCGCCCAACUCCAAGGAAUUCGGCGUGGUGUACGGUUACAUGCCCGCCAAGACUACCAUCUUCAACCAGCGGGCAAUCGCACAGCACAGCUUUAACCUCGGGCCUCGAAACACCAUCCUCUUCUCGCCACACGGUCGUUUUGUCGUUAUUGCGGGUUUUGGAAACUUGGCUGGCCAGAUGGAUAUCUACGACUUGGAGAAGAAUUAUGAAAAGGUCUGCACGAUCGAAGCGAGCAAUGCGUCCAUCUGCGAGUGGAGUCCCGAUGGCAAGCACAUUCUCACCGCUACCACCAGCCCGCGUCUUCGCGUCGACAACGGCAUCCGCAUCUGGCAUGUCGGAGGCGGUUUGAUGUACAACGAGGAUAUGCAUGAGCUGUAUCAUGUGGUGUGGCGACCUCAACCCGCCACCCAGAAUGCCCCUGAGGAUCCACUACAUCCAGUGCCUACACCGCACGCCUCCGCGCUUGAAUAUCUGGGCAAGCUCAAGACACCAUCGAAGCCAGCUGGCGCGUACCGUCCACCGGGGGCCCGCGGCAGUGCGACUCCUCUCGCCUUCAAGCGUGAAGAUGAGGGCGGUGCAGCUUUUGUUCGAGAGAUGAUGUCUGGAAAGGAGUCUGAGACGAAUGGGUUCGGUGCCCGGCAGCCUCGUCGGCGUGAAGUCCCGGGUGCUGAGAGUCUUGAUUCCAAGCUUCCACCGGGAGCAGCCCCUGGUGGAGGUGUUUCCCUCACCGCAGACGGCGAUGAGAAUUUGAGCAAGGCAGCACUGAAGAACAAGAAGAAGCGCGAAGCGAAGAAGGCAAAGGAGGUACGCACGACCCAACCAUGCGUGGCUCCUGAACAUGACUAACAAUAUCUAGGCAGAGGCAAAGGCAGGUGGCCUUUCCGCUCCCACGCAAAAUGGCGAUUCGGCAUCCCCCGACAAGAGCCCCGAGCGUCGCGAUCGUCCUCGUAGCCGCUCCAAUGCCGGCAAGAACGGCCAGCAAGGCUCCCGUCCGCAGUCUAAGAGACGCGACGGCAGCCGACAGCGUGUCCCACCACUCAAUACCACUCAACUGAAGCAGCAAGCCCCGAAUGGUGCCGUUCCCGCAGGUCCAACUGGCCAGAGUGCUCCCGACUUGACUGUCACCAGCCCAGGUGCAGGCUCGCCUCACGACAAGAAGAUCCGCUCGCUGUUGAAGAAAUUGCGUGCCAUUGAUGAUCUGAAGAUGCGGCAAGCCGGCGGGGAGAAGCUGGAGGGCACCCAAGUCCUGAAGAUCGGCACGGAGGAGCAAGUACGCAAGGAGCUCACUCAAGCUGGAUAUACCGGUGAUUGA